AUGGGUCCCGAUGCACUGGCGGUGGAAAGUCAUCAACUUGGUGGCACGAUCAAAGAGAUAGCGAUAUUCCUCAAUAACCAACGCCCCGGCACUUUUCGUACCAGGAAACUAAAAGGAGGCUGGGAGGGUUGGCUCCAAGUUGAGCUCGAUUCAGCUCUCGAUACAGCUCUAGGCAUGAACUACAAGGUCUCCAGCGAACAAACCAUAUUCAAUGGCUCGAAUCAAAUGGUGGACAUCGGGGCUGAGCCUCUUGCAGGUCCGGGGGCAACGCUGCCGUGUGCGGGAAUCGAGUUGAAGGUGGAAUCGGCUUACCAGACGGGAUCCCAACGGACGCUGCCACGACGGCUGCAGGCUGACAUUGAGAUGUGCAUCAAGGGGCCCUAG